AUGACACCACCGUGCCGCGUCUUCGCAUCCGAUGCGCUGGAAUCCGAAAUCCAAACGGAUCUGACGGGCCGGAAGCGCAAGGGCGGCGAUAUUGAGCUGGCCAAGUGCAAGCUGUUCUCGAUGAUGCAGUAUGAGUGCACCAUUGACAAACCUGAGCAAGCGUCCAGUCCUGUCAGGUGUUUGGAGGUGCAGCGUUGGUUUCGGCAGUGUCGAGAUAAAAGAGGGACUUUUAUGGUUGAGACUACCAAUUGGGAGGGGAGGGAGGAAGAGGCG